AUGGGCACGUACAAAUCUAAGAUCGGCUUCAAAGGAUACGGACUCACGCCUACCCAGUUAGCGGCCUCCGGUAGCUUCACGUACAGCGAUGGUGCCACCUACACCAUCACGCACGGUUCUGUCAUCAUCGCCGCCAUCACCUCCUGUACUAACACGUCGAACCCUACGGUGAUGUUGGGAGCUGGUCUCCUGGCUAAGAAAGCAGUGGAGAAUGGUCUCAGCGUCCUGCCGUACAUCAAAACUUCCCUGUCUCCUGGUUCUGGAGUGGUUACCUACUACUUGAAGGAAUCCGGCGUGGUGCCAUAUCUGGACAAGUUGGGCUUCAACAUAGUAGGCUAUGGUUGUAUGACCUGUAUCGGCAACUCGGGGCCCAUAGAUGACAACAUCGCCAACACCAUCGAGAAGAACGAGCUGGUGUGCUGUGGAGUGCUCUCAGGAAACCGCAACUUCGAGGGUCGGAUCCAUCCUAACACCAGGGCCAACUACUUGGCUUCACCGCUCCUCGUUAUAGCGUACGCUCUCGCCGGGACCGUGGAUAUCGACUUCGAGACUCAGCCCUUGGGCAAGAGGGCGGACGGCAGCCCGGUGUUCCUGAGAGAGAUCUGGCCCACCCGUGCCGAGAUCCAGGAGGUUGAAGACAAACACGUCAUCCCCGGCAUGUUUAAGGAGGUGUACGAGAAAAUCGGGAUGGGUUCUCCCGCUUGGCGAGCCUUAGACAUCCCGCAGGGGAAACUGUACAGCUGGGACCCCAAUUCCACUUAUAUAAAGAAACCGCCGUUCUUCGAUGGUAUGACGAAGGAAUUACCACCAAUCAAAAGCAUCGAGAACGCUCGCUGCCUGCUCUUGCUAGGUGAUUCUGUGACCACGGAUCACAUCUCGCCCGCGGGCUCCAUUGCAAGAAACUCCCCUGCCGCUCGUUAUCUCGCUGCUAGAGGGCUGACGCCGCGCGAGUUCAACUCGUACGGAUCGCGUCGCGGGAAUGACGCGGUGAUGUCCCGCGGCACGUUCGCUAACAUCCGGCUUGUUAACCGGCUCAGUCCCACGCCUGGGCCCAAGACGACGCACGUGCCCAGCGGGGACCUCAUGGACAUCUUCGACGCAGCCGAAAGAUACGCGUCGGAGAAUGUGCCUCUAAUAGCAAUCGUGGGCAAGGACUACGGUUCCGGAUCUAGCCGAGACUGGGCUGCUAAGGGACCUUUCCUUUUGGGUAUCCGCGCAGUGAUAGCGGAGUCGUUCGAGCGCAUCCACAGAUCGAACCUGGUGGGCAUGGGGAUCAUUCCGCUGCAGUUCCUGCCCGGGGACAGUGCAAGUGCACUUGGUCUCACCGGAACUGAGCAGUACAGCGUGCUGCUGCCCGACCACCUUCGGCCUGAAGACCUCGCCACUGUGCAGAUGGACAACGGGAAAUCAUUCCAGGUGAAGGUGCGUUUCGACACAGAGGUCGACCUCACGUACUUUAAGAACGGCGGCAUCCUUAAUUAUAUGAUCAGGAAAAUGUUGUAG